AUGGCGCGAAUUCCCCGUGGCCCGCGCAGACUCUCCUCCUGUAGAUCCAGAUGGGUCCCACACCGCUCAGACUUCCACCCCCAUGGACCAAUAGAGAGCGAGGGUCAGCCGAGGAAGCAGUCAAGACUCAUCCAGGAGAAAGAUUGGGAAGACACCACUUGUUCGGUCUGCAUGGAGUGCCCACACAGUGCCGUCCUCCUCCUCUGCUCCUCCCACGACAAGGGCUGCCGCCCCUACAUGUGUGGGACCAGCUACAGGUACUCCAACUGUCUUGACCAGUACAUGAAGGCCUACACAAAUGGGCCCACUGCUAGUGGCGGCGACCACGAGGGUGGUGGCACUGCCAAGCUGGCAUGCCCACUGUGCCGCGGCCAAGUCAAAGGGUGGACCGUGGUGGAGGCGGCUAGGGAGCACCUGAAUUCAAAGAAGAGGAGCUGUGUUCAGGAAGACUGCUCCUUUGUGGGCACUUACAAGGAGCUGAGGAAGCACAUGAGGGCCGAGCACCCCUCUGCAAAGCCCCGGGAGGUUGACCCAGUUCUUAAAGAGAAUUGGAGAAGCCUCGAGCAUGAGCGGGAGCAUGAGGAUGUGAUGAGUGUCAUAAGAUCUUCCACACCAGGGGCAGUCGUGUGGGGGGACUAUGUGAUUGAGGGUGGCGGUGGCGGCGGCGGCCAUGGUCAUGAAGGAGAUGAUGAUGAUGAUGAUGAUGAUGACGAUGAUGAUGAUGAUGAUGAUGAUGAAGAUGCUGCUGGAAGAGGCAGUGGCAGUGGCAGUGGCGGUGGCGGCAGAGGUGCCAGGGGGUUUGCACCGAAUGUGCUGAAUUUCUUGGUGCUCCUCCGGGCAUUUGAGAAUUCAAGGAGUGCUGGCUUUGCUUCUCGCCUGAGAAGCAAUGGGGCUGCCUCUGGUGCCUCUGGGGGCGGGGGUGGCAGUGAUGAGGAAGGUCCGGUGAUCCAACUGGGGAGGAGCAUGAGAAGGUCUGAUCGGCAGCGGCGGCGGAGUGGCAGCAGUAGGGGGGGCGUCACUGAUAGAUGA